AUGGCGACACCCCAACCACUUGCAGACCGCGCGCAAAGCGACACAGCGUCCGUCAUUUCCAACAAUGCCGAGGGUUCGGGUGAGCUCACAGCGGUCGUCGACGACCUCCUGAACCAACUGAACACCAAAUUCACCACCAUCAGCAGCGAACUCUUAUCCAAGAUGGAUGACAUGUCGCGGCGACUUGACAAUCUGGAAGCGACCAUGGCCGGAGAUGGCACCAAAGGUUCUGGUUCGGGAAAGUAA